CGAAAACACUCUGUACGAAACUGCGGCGGAUAUAUAGGUCAACAAUAAUAUUCAACCAAAUCAAAACAAAAAGAAAGGUGAUGGGGUCACGCUAGGAUUCUUAUAAUGCCUACCUGAUCAGUGUAGGUAGAUCAGAACCAAUAGCCUCGGACAGUACACUUUAUUGAAAUCAUCAACAUGUCUGGCAACCAUAGUGAUAGUGAGAGUAGCCUUUCUGACUGGGAGCUUGUACAGCAAGGUGACCUUCAGGAUAAUGAGGUUGCUGAUAAUGAAGGAAGCAGUAGUGGAUCGGAGUUUGUCCAUCUCGAUUGUACUGCUGUCUCCUAUCAUCAUCGCCCCAGUGAAGAUAGAGAUGUGGUAGAAAUUGGGGAUGAUGAUCUGACAGACCUUUCUCAGGACACCUUGCAAGCCUCAGCCAUCCAUGCCGAUGGGGAGGAGUCCAAAGUCCCAGAAGAGCCUGCUGCUUCAGCGUCCCUUUCAUCUGCCACUCCUACUGAAGCAAAUGAAACAGAACAAGUUUCUGAAGAGAUUACUGUGACCGAGUCAUGUCAACCUGAAAGUUGUGCAGCUGCAAGCCUUGAUCAGUGUGCUGAUCUGAAGGAACCGUCUCCUGACCAGCUCAGCACAGGAGAUGUAUUGGAAGAGGCCCAAGGAGAACUUGAUGAUCCUCCCAAACAGGAGGAGGUACCAGCUCCUCCUGUUGAGGGCGGUGAAGUGGGUACUGAGACGCUGGAUAAUGGAAGCGAAAAUUCAAAUCCCAGUGAACCAGAACUGCUGGAUUUGAGCGAUGCUAAGUCAACCGAUACAGAGAGUGAGGUUGAAAUUUUGAUUACCAGUGACAUCUUGGCCAAAGGAGACUUUGAGUGUGACGCUGUGGACUCGCCAGACAGUUUGGAAUCUCCACCCUCAUCUGAUGAGGUUCUGCAACCUGAUGCUCCAGAGAGUGACUUGACCCUAUCACAUUCUGAUGAACCCAGUGCUUCACAAGGUCAAGGCCAUUGUGAGGAUCAAGAUGAGCCUGGGGCAAGUUUUAUGGCUGGUGCCCCACAUGAGUAUCUGCAGUCACUGGCGCAGAUGGGAACCGUCAAAGUGGUGGUUGUGGAGCAUGGCGUUGUGGAAGAAGAUGCAGGAUCUGGGGCAGAAGAUGAGCAAGGGGCAGUGGGAGGUGACACGGAGGAAGAUGGAAUACAAGUCCUUGAGGUGGAGGAAGAGAAUCCAGUUGAGAAACGAGAAGAAGAGUGUUCAGAUGAAGACAUUGGUAAUGUUAGUAAGGACAAAUCUGUUGAAAGAGAUAUGACCACGUCUGGGUCUAGCGUUAGUUCCAGGUUCAGCUUUAUACACCAUGACCGUAGAUCUGAUGACGAAUCUCUGCCUGAGAGCGACAUUUCACUGAUCGAUGAUGAAUCAGACCUUUCGAAUCAAGACCAGUUUGUGGAUGAGAUGACACUGUUCGACCCCGUCAAGAUCAGGCAGUACAAGCAUAACCCAAAUAACAACGUCAACACGAUCUUGAGUCUUGUCAUGGGAGCUGUCUUAGCCCUUGGAAUCGGUAUUGGCAUCGGACAUGCAUUCGGGUCCUCUAAUGAAUUGUUGUUCAGGCGUCACCAUGACGACACGUUUACGCAUCAGGGUGAGACGGACGAGGUCAGGAAUCUGAGGCAGACGUUGCAGACAUGUGCAACCAAGCGAGACGACAUGGAGGCUCGGAUUUAUGAAUAUCAACAGGGAAAAUUGAGCGUCAUCCUGAGCGAGCUCCAUGAUCGUGUCGGCCAUCUUGAGAAACAAAACAAACACUUGAAAAAGGAUAUUCAACGUAAGACCGUCUACAUGGAGCAGGUUUCGGAUGAAAACCGAGACAUGAAAUCGAGAGUUGAGAAUAUGCAUCACAACCUGUCCAACCUGACUCUCAGCCUGGAAGAAAUCAAGUCGCAGAAAACGUUAUUGGAAGGCAGGAACACGGACGAACGCAAAGCAAAUUCCGAGCUGAAGAAAAACCUGACUGAUUUCAAAUUGGAACUUGAACGAGCGAAAGAGAACAAACGGAUGUUGGAGAUUGAGAAGAAUAUGCAGAUCAGUGACUUGCAAGGUCGCGUUAUUGACCUUGGGACGGAGCUCGAGGACGUCAAGGAGCACAAGAAUCAACUGAUGCAAUCACACGAAACAUUCGCCGUCCAGCUCAACCAAGCGAAAAAUAAACUUGAUGACCUGUCGAGGAGUAAGGAGGACACGGAACAGCAUAACUCGUUCUUGUUGAAAGAUUUGAAAACACGUCUGAACACGUUGCUGGUCGAGAACAUGGACUUGAAAGCCGAAGUUGCACGUCUGAGGUAUCGGCAGCAUCCGGCCAACCCAGACCAGGUGGCGCUCUUCAAGGAGAAGGUCAACGUUCUCAGGGUCGAGAAUGAGGAACUUCAGUCUGCUGUGUCCAAGUCGAGGUACACUCACGGGCCAACUGAAAAUCAAGAAUCCGACAACAAGCUCCAAGAAGAAAACCAACUGCUUGAGAAAAAGGUCAAGGAACUUUCGGACAAUUUAGCGCUUGAACAGAAUCGCUCGGACAUGUGGCAGACGCUGUUCCUAUCAGAAAAAGCCAGGAAAAAUUCCACUACAGCUAAAGAAGAAAAGAAUUUCAUGGACUGUGUCAAGAUUGUCUUUAGCCGUAUCAAUAUCACUGAGUUUACUUCAGUUUUCAAUGAGUCUAACUCAAAGAAUCUAACACGAGCCUUCAUGGAAAAGGUAUCAUUUGUUUUUCACGCAACUAAGAAGAUGAAUUUCUCUGAUUAUGUCAAUAAGAAGUGGGGGGCAUUUUACAAUUUCAGCCAGUCUAAUGAGUUUAAAGAUGCGUUUAAAUAUGCAGAAAAUGGGUAUGAAAAUUUUCAGGAUAUGUUGGUGAUGCAAUGGAAGCAUUUUCAAAAUUACACAAAUUCGGACAACUUUCAAAAGCAUGUCAACCAGACGAAAGAUAUAAUAUCUCAAAUGAAAGAAACGGUCGAUAAAACAAUUUCAAAGGUUCAGAAUUUCAGUAACUCGGACCACGUUAAGGAAUAUAUCAAUAAGACAAAAGAAACCAUGUCCAAGCUGAGUGUUCAGAUCAAGGAGACUUGGUCACGUCUGAAGAACAUCUCGUCCGGUCUUUACAAGUCGCACGAGCCAAAGGUCCGCAAAGUUCAGGACGAUGUUGCCUCUACUUUGUUUGAGUUUGGUAAGACUAUCAAAGAUAGGUUUGGGAAGUUUGGCGAUGAAUACCAUGCUAAGUUUGAUAAGGGUACAAAGAGGGGUCGGGAAUGGGCGGACCAGGGACGUGAAGAAAAAAGGAAAACUGGGGGGACAGAGUAUCAUGAGGAACAGCCCGACAAGACUGGUCGGAAGUAUGAAAGCGAUUUCAAGCCAGAACCAAAUUGUAAGAUGAUUAAUAAGAAAUUUAAGGAACUGAAAAAUAUUGUUGAAAGUUUGAGCAAGAAGCGUUGGUACAGAAUUGAAAAUUCCGACCGGGAAGAAAUUUUAGAAGAUUUUGACGAGUUUAAUAAUCAGUACCUGAGAAUGGGCGGCGGUUUGUUAUGCUUGGUGGGUGACAAUGAUGUGGCCUGGCUCAAUUGUCAGAUUAGUUGGUGGAGGGCUAGUCUGUCUGAGACCUUAGAUGCAGAAAUACAACGCUCCUGCGAGGACUUUCUGGUUCGUUGGCAACUUAAAGUCACCAAGAAAUACCUGAAGGAGGUGAGGAAGAGGAACAAGCAUGCAAAGGUUAAGAUUGUGAUUACCCCUGAAGCAAGGAAGGAAACUGAGAGCCGACAAAAAGAAACUGAGAAAGAAAAGCAGAAGACGGAGUGGGAUGCAGCUCAAGAUAAUUUAACGUUUUUCGGUGAGCCUGCCGAAGGUGAUAAGGAUCGGGAUAAGAAAUCUGACAAGGUUAAAUCAGACUGGUACCUAAAGCGAGCAGAAGACCGCGAGGAUUAUCGCCACGAUCCCAAAUGGUACUUCCGCCGCAUGGACGAUCGCGAAGAUGGCCGCCAUGAUGUGAAAUGGUUGUUUAGCCGCGCUGAAGAUCGUGCCAACAAGCACAGGAAGAGCAUCCUUGGGGAGGAAGAUGGAACUUACGGCUGUACGAAGCGGCGAGGAGAAUCUGGUUGUAGACAACUGGCGUGCCAACCACAGAAGAAGAAGGAGAAUAUUCCUGAAAAGUUGCCUCUGCAGCAAGACGAUGGCUUACAUAAUUUUGAUUUUCAUCCAGGUAAAGAAGGUUUCUAUGACGACCCAGAUUGGAACGACCCAGAUUUCUGGAAAGGAUAUUGAACGCAUCCACAAGGAAUGUUAUGGAUUACUGAAAAAUUGAUGUGUCAAAUUGUCAUGUUUGUAGCCUGUAGAAAAGUUAAGUAGGCCCUUUUUUUAUUUCCAGUGGCACUCGUAAAAAUGAGUUAUAAAUUAGAUCUGAAACAUAAUCUAAGUAUCCAAGUCCUCGUCUCUGACCAAAGAUUGCUACAAAUGUAUCCUGUCUGUUUUAAGGUAUUUGAGUUUCAAAGUGUUCAGCCAUAUUCCUGUCCUCUCCAAUCAAUGGACCUAUAUUUUUUUCUCACAAAAGCUGGUGAGUUCAUGUAUUGUUAUCUUCAUCAUUUCAUUUGGAACUUGGAAGAUCGCAUGUUUCUAAAAUGUAAUGUUUUAAUCUCGGGGAUAUGUGAUGAAGAUUUUUUUAAAACUUGAUUCAGUGGGUAAGGUCUUAAAUAGUAUAAUACAUAGUACAUUACAUGUGAUGAAGAUUUUUUUAAAACUUGAUUCAGUGGCUAAGGUCUUAAAUAGUAUAAUACUAAGUAUAUUACAUAUUUUGAGUAUAAGAAGCAUAGGUUUAGGGAAGGAUAAUAUGACUUACUAGCAAUCAUAUCCGACUGUAUAAUGUACUCUUGUCUUGAUCAUCUUUCCAGAAGUACAUAAUGGGGUCAUUUAGUACAUACAAUAUAACCUCCCCUAGCAGACACCUCUCUAACAAGGACAACCUUUCAAUUCGGCCAUUAUACACUUCAGUCUGUGAUUCUUAAUGAAAUUUAGUGCUAAUUAUAACCUUCUGCUUUUGUAAUUAACGUGUUAGUUUCAUCUAACAGUUUUAUUCGCUUGCUCCACCAUAAGACAACAAAAACAUAUAACAUUCUUCUACGUUGGACAACAUAUAAUAAAUAAGGUGUUGCUAUCUAUAAAGAUUAUCAUUAUUAUUCUAUUGGCACCUUGGCCUCUUAAAAACUUGAAUGAUACCCCAGAGUACCUUUAUUGAAAACUACUCCUUAUUUCACACCCCAGAAAAAUCAUUGCUCUCCGAUAGAGAGAAAGAUGCACAGAGAUGCUCACAUGCCCCCUAUAUCUGCCACUUGUCUCCACAUGUAUCAAAAAGCAUCGAGUGUAAAUUUCACCAUUUUGUUUGUAAUUUUCUGCUUUGGUUUUUCGCAGGGAGUCCUUCAGUAAGAACCUCGAUAAAUGCUCAAGAUAUUGUAGGUCUACUAUACACCUUUCCAGAAAUGGGGCGCUGAGUGUCCGAAAUAGUGAUGUCAUAAGGGGAAACUAGGCCUUAUGAUGGAGGGACAAAGGAGAUAGUCAUGGUUGACCAACACACUUGAAUGCCUUUGAUGACGGACAAGGGGGAAAAAGUUAGUUCCAAUGCAAGCCACCAAUUUCGGGAAGCAUGUGUAGAGCUUUACAGAAUUGCCAUUAAUAAUUAUGUUUGAGUAGCUUGAUAAUUUUAAUAAGAUCUUGGAUCAAGCUGCGUAAGAUUUUCUGUAAGCGAGAAAUUUUCAUGACUAUUAUAGUUUGUGGUUUUGUGUAAUUUUAUCUUUGACAUAGUUUUGAUAAAGCGAUUUGAAAACAUCGUAACGAUAAUUUCAGUUAGAUUUGUUUCGCUGCAUUUUUUGGGCGAAAUUUGGCUGAACUUAAGCUGAAAAACACUGAACUUAAACUUACCUGAAGAUUUCCUGGUUUCCAGUAUCACAUUCAAUGUCAAGCUGAGGUUUGUUCUUCCUGAAUACCAAGUAUGGUAUGCUAUGAGUACUGUUGACCCCUUUACUUUCAUUAGCCUGAUCUUUUCGUGAUAGGAAGUUCAACCGUGAACUUUAGGAUGCAAAAAGUCUUUAAACUUUGAAAAUUAAGCAACUUUAAUUAAGUUAAAAGUUUAAUUGAUUUAUCAUUAGAAAAUGCACCUAUUUGCAGAAAUAAAUGGAAGGAAAAUCUGAAAAAAAUGGAAUAAAUGGAAGGAAAAUCUCAAAAGGAUAUUUCUCCAUUUAUUAAGCAUGUUUAGGUUAAAAUAAAAUGUUCGAAUUAAGGGGUUAUCAGUAGACGUUGUCUGAUAUUUUCAUGUGUGUAAAGUUUUCAAUAUAAUACAGAGCAUAUAUAGAACAGUGCUGCAAUUGACCCCUUUGGCUUUUGUGACUAACAAAAUGGGCCUGACAUUGAAUGUAGCUGAUACCAUCCUGUACAUGUAGGUAUUUACAGAGUGCUUUGUUGAAAGACAUGAGCUGUUGUUACAAGUAUUCAUAUUUAUGCAUAUGAUAUUCACAUACACAUAGCUGCUAAAACGUUAUAGUUAUUCACCAAUAGAAGAUGAUUGUGUCAUAUUGGUAGUACGGUGUAGUUUUUUGAUACGAUACUUCAUGUACUUGCAUUGUCUUAUUCAAAUUGUCUCACAUUAAGUUUAUCAAGUUCGCUGGUGCGCUGAAACUUCCCGAGAUUAUUCUAACAAGCACAUUCAGUAAGUAACAGGGGACAGACAAAUCUGGUCAGAUCAAGCAAAUAGGAAAGAUACAGAACAGCGCAUAUAAAUUCCCUCCAUGAAUCAACAAAUCCCUGAAUUCUAUUCCCAUUUGGAUAUUGAAAUGAAGGAAUCGAUGAGUUGUUUUAAAAUUGGUCUGUCCCGAGUCAUCUUGGCACUACACUAUGUAUUCCAUCUCGAGUUGCGAUCAUUCCUUGCCCUAGAGUCUUGUUAGUUAAUCUUCUCGGUAACGAAAUCAAGGCAAGAACACGUACUCGUAGUUGCGUAGAUCAUGAACACAAGGAAUAUGUAACUUUUAUCGCCGUCUGAUAGAUAAUAACGUAGUUCCAAUCUAUUUACCCUUUAAAGGGGUACACCGUUCGUAAUUACUUGUGGUCCAGUUAAAUAGAACUCCACUAAUACGCAAGGCUGUAGUGCAGUUGUUAUGCAUACAAAUUUGUUGAAACUUGGUAUUCAUAGUAUUUGUAUAUCUGUCUAUACAAAGGCAUUGCUGAAAUUUAUAUUUAGUAUGUAUUUACGCAAUUGACAAUUUUCAAAUUCAAUUACAAAUUCAAUUUUUUUUUUAACGAACAACGUAGGCCUUUAAACAUAACUCGUAACCAAUUGUCACCUCCUUCAAUAUCAUUUGUACCUUAAGUUAUGUUAUUGGUGAAAGCCUUUUAGUGUUAUACUGCGUUACUUUAACAAUAAAUAAUAUUUGGUGCUUA